GGAGAGGGCUGUCCUGAGGGUGGGAAGCUGGGUCCUGGGGGAAUAUCCCAGAUUGUCCUAGGCCUUGACCGUCCUGGACCAGAGAGAGGGGUUAGGGUCGGUUGUCAGAUGUCUUUCCUCUUGGAAAAUCAAAUAGAGAAGGGACUCAGGGUGUGUCUUCUAAGGCCUCGCUCUCCAUUGGACUUAGCUCUCCUGCCCAGCGCCCAACCCCCAGCAUCCAGGCUCUCUUUUGCCAAACCAUUCUCCAAGGACCGGAUGCCCUGAGUCCCAGUCCCCGGGACGGGACCGAGCCUACCCUGCAGGGCGCCCGCCCCGCCAGCGCCUCCCCUCCCCCACCCACCCGUCUCUUCCUGAUUACUCCUCUGUCGUGGCUCCCCACUCACGUUGGUUCCUGGCACCAGGUCCGGGUUCUCGCCCUCCCCCAUGCCCUGGCCCUCCUCUCCCAUCAGAGCCUAUCCCCUUCCUUCCUCUCUUCCUCUUCUUUCCCAUGGCCCAGUCUGUACUGCCUCUCCCACCUCAUCCUGGGGAAGGGUGAGGGCUCCUGCCAUGACCUGUUCUCUCUUUUCCCAGCACAGACUCCCCCUCCCCCCGGCCCCUCUGGCCAGGGGUGACCUUGCCCCUGGAGCCCUCACCAUGAGUACCAAGGACACCACCGAGGUUGCUGAGAACAGCCACCACCUGAAGAUCUUUCUCCCCAAGAAGCUGUUGGAGUGUCUUCCUCGAUGUCCACUGCUGCCUCCAGAGCGGCUGCGGUGGAAUACAAAUGAGGAGAUUGCAUCCUACUUGAUCACCUUUGAGAAGCAUGAGGAGUGGCUAUCCUGUGCCCCAAAGACAAGGCCUCAGAAUGGCUCCAUUAUCCUCUACAACCGCAAGAAGGUGAAAUACCGGAAGGAUGGUUACCUCUGGAAGAAGCGGAAGGAUGGGAAGACCACCCGAGAGGACCACAUGAAGCUGAAGGUCCAGGGCAUGGAGCCUGUCUCCUGGCAGUGUCUCUAUGGCUGCUACGUUCACUCUUCCAUCGUCCCCACAUUCCAUCGGCGCUGCUACUGGCUGCUCCAGAACCCUGACAUCGUCCUUGUGCACUACCUGAACGUCCCAGCCCUGGAGGAUUGUGGAAAGGGCUGCAGCCCCAUCUUUUGUUCCAUCAGCAGUGACCGUCGAGAGUGGCUCAAGUGGUCCCGGGAGGAGCUGUUGGGACAGCUGAAGCCCAUGUUUCAUGGCAUCAAGUGGAGCUGUGGGAACGGGACAGAGGAAUUCUCUGUAGAGCAGCUGGUGCAGCAGAUCCUGGACACCCACCCGACCAAGCCUGCACCACGAACCCAUGCCUGUCUCUGCAGUGGGGGCCUUGGUUCCGGGAGCCUUACACACAAAUGCAGCAGCACAAAACACCGCAUCAUCUCUCCCAAAGUGGAGCCCCGAGCUUUAACCCUGACCUCUAUCCCCCAUCCCCAUCCCCCUGAGCCCCCUCCACUGAUAGCCCCACUUCCCUCAGAGCUCCCCAAGGCACAUACCUCCCCAUCUUCUUCCUCCUCUUCCUCCUCUUCCUCGGGCUUUGCAGAACCCCUAGAGAUCAGACCUAGCCCUCCCACCUCUCGAGGGGGUUCGUCGAGGGGAGGCACUGCUAUCCUCCUUCUGACUGGACUGGAGCAGCGUACUGGGGGCUUGACGCCCACCAGGCACUUAGCUCCCCAGGCUGAUCCUCACCCUCCCAUGAGCUUGGCAGUGGUCGUGGGCUCUGAGCCCUCUGCCCCACCAGCUCCUCCCAGCCCUGCCUUUGACCCUGAUCGUUUUCUCAACAGCCCCCAGAGGGGCCAGACAUAUGGAGGGGGGCAGGGGGUAAGCCCAGACUUCCCGGAGGCAGAGGCUGCCCAUACCCCCUGUCCUGCCCUAGAGCCUGCUGCUGCCCUGGAGCCCCAGGCGGCUGCUCGGGGUCCCCACACACAGUCAGUAGGAGGUGGGAGGAGAGGAAACUGCUUCUUCAUUCAAGAUGAUGACAGUGGAGAGGAGCUUAAGGUCCAGGGGCCUGCCCCACCCGUACCUUCACCCCCUCCUUCACCACCCCCCUCCCCUGCCUCCUCGGAGCCAUCAGGCAGGGUAGGAAGAGGGGAGGCCUUGUUUGGAGGAGCUAGUGGGGCCAGUGAGCUGGAGCCGUUCAGUCUUUCAUCAUUCCCAGACCUUAUGGGAGAACUCAUCAGCGACGAAGCUCCAAGCAUCCCUGCCUCCAACCCCCAGCUCUCACCUGCUCUUAGCACCAUCACAGACUUCUCCCCAGAGUGGUCCUACCCAGAGGGUGGGGUCAAGGUGCUCAUCACGGGCCCGUGGACGGAGGCCUCCGAGCAUUACUCCUGUGUCUUUGACCACAUCGCAGUGCCCGCGUCACUUGUCCAGCCUGGUGUCUUACGCUGCUACUGUCCUGCCCAUGAGGUAGGGCUGGUGUCUUUGCAGGUGGCCGGGCGGGAGGGACCCCUUUCUGCUUCUGUGCUGUUUGAGUAUCGAGCCCGCCGAUUCCUGUCACUGCCCAGUACUCAGCUGGACUGGUUGUCACUAGAUGACAACCAGUUCCGGAUGUCCAUACUGGAGCGGCUGGAGCAGAUGGAGAAGCGGAUGGCAGAGAUCGCAGCAGCUGGGCAAGCACCUUGCCAGGGUCCCGACGGGCCUCCAAUGCAGGAUGAAGGCCAGGGGCCCGGGUUCGAGGCACGGGUAGUGGUCUUGGUAGAGAGCAUGAUCCCACGCUCCACCUGGAGGGGUCCUGAACGUCUGGCCCACGGAAGCCCCUUCCGGGGCAUGAGCCUUCUGCACCUGGCCGCUGCCCAGGGCUAUGCCCGCCUCAUUGAGACCCUCAGCCAGUGGCGAAGUGUGGAGACCGGAAGCUUGGACUUAGAGCAGGAGGUUGACCCGCUCAACGUGGAUCAUUUCUCUUGCACGCCUCUGAUGUGGGCGUGUGCCCUGGGACACCUGGAGGCCGCUGUGCUCCUUUUCCGUUGGAAUCGGCGGGCGCUGAGCAUCCCCGACUCUCUGGGCCGCCUGCCCCUGUCUGUGGCUCACUCCCGGGGCCACGUGCGCCUUGCCCGCUGCCUUGAGGAACUGCAGAGACAGGAAGCUUCAGCCGAGCCCCCACUUGCCCUGUCGCCACCCUCCUCCAGUCCAGACACGGGUCUGAGCAGUGUCUCCUCGCCCUCAGAGCUGUCCGAUGGCACUUUUUCUGUCACAUCAGCCUAUUCUAGUGCCCCAGAUGGAAGUCCUCCCCCCGCUCCUCUGCCAGCCUCUGAGAUUAUGGAGAUGGCCCCAGGCCAGCUCUCCUCUGGUGCCCCAGAGGCCCCCCUACUCCUCAUGGACUAUGAAGCCACCAACCCCAAAGGGCCCCCACCCUCACCACCUCCUCUCCCACCAGCCCUGGAUGCAGGGGCUGCUCCAGAGGAAGCUUACAGCCCACCGGCUGUGGACGUGAUCCCGGUGGACAUGAUCUCACUGGCCAAGCAAAUCAUCGAAGCCACACCAGAGCGGAUUAAACGAGAGGGCUUUGUGGGGCUGCCUGAGGCUGGAGCCUCAAUGCGGGAGCGGACAGGGGCCCUGGGGCUCAGCGAGACCAUGUCCUGGCUGGCCAGCUACCUGGAGAAUGUGGACCAUUUCCCCAGCGCCGCCCCUCCCAGCGAACCGUCUUUUGAGCGGGGACGCCUGGCGGUCCCUCCAGCACCUUCCUGGGCAGAGUUUCUCUCUGCAUCUGCCAGUGGCAAGAUGGAGAGUGAUUUUGCCCUGCUCACAUUGUCGGAUCAUGAGCAGCGGGAACUGUACGAAGCAGCCCGAGUCAUCCAGACGGCCUUCCGAAAGUACAAGGGCCGGUGGCUGAAGGAGCAGCAGGAGGUAGCAGCAGCUGUGAUCCAGCGCUGUUACCGGAAGUACAAACAGCUGACCUGGAUGGCACUUAAGUUUGCUCUCUAUAAGAAGAUGACGCAGGCGGCCAUCCUGAUCCAGAGCAAGUUCCGAAGCUACUACGAACAGAAGCGGUUUCAGCAGAGCCGCCGGGCAGCUGUGCUCAUCCAGCAGCACUACCGCUCCUACCGCCGCCGGCCCACGGGCAGCCUGCCGCCCCGCAGCAAAAGCUCCUUUCUCACCAAAAAACAGGACCAGGCAGCCCGGAAAAUCAUGAGAUUCCUGCGGCGCUGCCGACACAGGAUGAGGGAACUGAAGCAGAACCAGGAGCUGGAAGGGCUGCCCCAACCUGGACUGGCCACCUGACCUCUCCCCACUCUGAGGCCGCUCCUGGCAGUCUUAAGGGAGAGGGCUCUCGCGGGGAGGAGCCCCCUGUCGGCAGCUUUCCUCGUCACUUUGUUUGGAGAUCUUCCUAGGUCUCUACUCUCCCCCCUCUCCGAAGUGCUGAACUCCCUCUCCUACCCCCAGCUCCUUUUCCCUCCGGGUCGUGCCCCCUCUUUUGGUCCCCGGCUCCAGAAGACCCACGCCCCGCAUACCUGCAUCUUCAGCUGUGACCUCCGGAGCCCCGCCUGCCCCUUCUCCACAGCUCCCCCCUUGCCUGCACCCGCUCACCCCUUUCCCGAAUUGCCUUAUUUAUUUGUUCGAAGCGUCUCUGAAUGUAUCGGCCUGGCCCCACCUCUGCCUUCGCUGCGCUCGCCCCUCGUGUUUCAGGGCUGACCGUGCCCCCACCCGACUCCGCAUGUUCGCGUCCGUUUCCUCCCUUUCUGGCCCCGUCUUCCCCCCGUCACUCCAACUCUGGCCACCAACCUCGGGGCCACAGGGGAGACUGUAUAUAGGAACACGUUGCGGAGUCCCACCCCAUCCCCUGAUGGGAGGGGGUUUGUAAAUAUGUAACAUACAGAGUUUAGUGAAGAAUCUAUUUAAGGCGCCCGGGGAGGGCUGCACGGCCGGGCUUGUGGUUCCCAGGCGCUGUGGGGGGCCUCCGCCGGCCCCACGAGCACUUUCUACUUGUGCAUGGGCUCAGUUUCUAAGAAAUGCCAUUAAACAUCGCUGCACCA